AUGGCUGCUCGGGCCCGGUCUGAGCCCAUUCACGCGUCCAGUCUGCUGGACAGUGGGCUCGACGAUAUCAUGGUUCCCAGUCUGCAGCCACUCUCACCUUCGAAGCUGCGCUCUUCGGUUCAGCCCGGUAUUCGGAAGCAGCUAGAUACCAAUGUGCUCAUGGAUCAAGGCGUGGAAAAUCUACUUAUACCGGUGUUAGAACCCCAGCGGGUGAGUAGUCGUUUCCGGGCAACCGCCACCACUACCCACGUUGAAUUUCCCUGGUUGACUCGCCGCGUGCACGUCAAGAGACAGUCCUUUGACAACAUGAGAGCCCCUACCACUGUGCGUUGGGAUGGAAAGCUCCGAUGGGCCAUGAAGGGAUGCAGCGUGUUUGACAACCCGGAUGAGGAGAUCGACGCCUUCCUAUACCGCCCCAAUGUUGUCGCCAAGGAAUCCCUGUCUGAGCUCUGGGUUUUCCAGUAUGGACUGCGUUAUAUUCCCGCGAAGGAUGAGAAGGACGUGUAUCGCACCGUCAAGAUCGAGAAACUGCCAUCGGAUGUGACGAUGAAACAGAUCCUGCCUCUCAUUCACGGCGAAAUCUACUCCGCUCAUCUCCUUGAUACUGUUCCCAUCCUCGGAUACAAAACCGCUCUUGUGACCUUUGUGAGACAGGCGGAUUGUCUAAGCUUUGCUGAGUCCUCUGGAGGAAAACUCGAUAUGGGACCGGCGCAGGCCGAAGCGACUCUGGUUCAGACACCGACUUAUCCCAUGAGCGCGGAGAUGACUCGGUCGGUCCUCGACAAAGGUCGGACGCGGUGUAUCUGCAUCUGUGGUCUCCGGGAGACUAUGAAGGGCGAAGUCCAUCGCAUCCUGGCUAGAUCGGCUCACUUGAAUUAUGUGGAGUGCAUCGAAGAUGGACAGGUGGUGGGCGAGGUUUACGUUCGGUUCCAUUCGAUCAAGGUGGCGAUCGCAGUGCACAAGCUUCUGGAGGGCCACCCGAGCUUGGGGGGGUGUAAGUUCCGGUUUCUGAAGGCGAGACAGGAGAACCGACAACCUCGAAUUGGCAUUUGGGAUUGA